AUGAUUUCCACGCACCUUUUCCUCCUGUCUCUCGUGGCUUCUAUCAAUGCCAUUCCGGUCCCUAUGCCGCAAACUCCAGACUUUCGCACCCUAGAUACUUGUCCAACAAACGGAGCUAUUGUUUGCAGUCCCGACGGUUCGAAGUUCUAUCUCUGUAACUUUGGGAGGGCUGUCCCCAUGGGCUCUGUCGCUGCUGGUACCUAUUGCAGCAAUGGAAAGAUCGUUACCAUCGGUGCAUCUGCCGCUCCUACUAUGAUGCCUCUGCCGGCUAAGCCUACUCAAUUUCCAGAGCCGACUAGCAUCGAAUUAGUCAAGACCUCUCCCCCAGCAGCAACUCCAACUGCAGCUCCGAUGAAUCCUAACCCUGAGCCCAUGAAGGAUGAAAUCACAAGCACAAUCACCACCACCGAAGAAGUCACAAGCAAAUCCACCAGCACAAUCUUGGUUACUGUAACUGGCGAACCUCCUCGUGCUCCUAUGGAGACUCCUGUUCCAGAGCCUGUUCCCACAUCUGAACCAUCCAGCGGUUCAACUGGCGGAAUUGUCAUCACCGAAGACAUCAUCAUUAAGACCGGGGCAAGUUCGAAGAGUUGUCCUCGUGACAACGAAUUCAGGGAUCUUGCAGUAGAGGAAUGUGCCACCGCUAAACAUGCCGCUCCGUUUAUCACCGAAGCCUUCAAGAAGUACGAAAUCAACACCAUCGGUGAAGCCGCUGCCAUCCUUUCCCUUAUGAUGUUCGAAACUGGUAACUUCCAAUUCAAUACCAACCACUUCGGAAUGGGGGGUAAGCCUCGACCAGGUCAGGGAACCAGAAACCAAAUGUCUCCAAACUUCAUCGUCGAGUACGCACAAACAUUCGGAUCCACUGAUAGCAUCAGCCCUGGUAUCACCCCCGCGAACAUCAAUGAUCAAACCGAUGAAGUCAAGAAUAAGGUUUUGGCUUUAGUUCUUGGCGACGAUAGGACCUGGGCUAGCGGUGCUUGGUUCUAUAAGAACUAUGCCCCAUGCGCUGCCAUCAUGCCAGCUCUCCAGAAGGAGACAGUUUCGCGUCAGGCCUGGAGUGAUUAUAUCACCAAGUGCGUCGAGACAACUGUCGCUUCCAGGGGCGCCAGCUUCGAAGCUGCGGUUGUCGCUCUAGGUGGAACCCUUACCGCCUAA